AUUUUUGUUGUCCAAAGCUCAUAAGCAGCCUAAUAUAGUGAGCAUAAUUUUGGUUUUGGUUGUUGUUGGUUUUUGGGCAUUUUUUCCAUCCGCUGAGCCAAACCAGUUUUUGUUUCGCUCAAACAUAUGUACAUUUGUACACACAUAAAUUGGCUGGUACUACAUGCCCAUCACUGUGCAUAAAGUUCUCAUUCACGGCAGCAAAAUGGUAUCUGAGGCUAUAUUGCCAAUAGGAAUGUUAUCCGAAGAAGCGCAAGAAGCAAUGAAUAAGGAGUAUAGAAACUGUAGGCUAUUCCAUUCUCGUAAAAAUUCACGUAUUUCUACGAAUGAAGAUAACUUAUCUACCUGCCCACCAAAUCGAACAAGUACGAAUUUGGUCUCACCAAGGCUCUCUGGUUCUACAAACGAACCAACAGAUCUGUCGGAUUCAGCGAAGCUUAAGGCAUCUGCUAAGUCAGAUAAUGAGUCGACGUAG